UUACACUUUAGAUAUAUAUUUAGUCAUUUUUAUUGGCAUUAUUUUUUUUCAAAGUUGUUUCACUUUCUUCACAAGACUUACUGCAACAUGUCCUUUACCGCGGUGGGCUGCUUUAAUGAUCACCGAUCAGUAAUUAAAAGAAAAGCCUCCAGGGCUCAAAAGGCUAAUAAACGUUUCCGACGAUGAACAUCGAAGAUAAGAAAACAAUCCAACGAGGCAAUAGACCCCGGAAUGGAUUGUACCGAGAUGCGAGUAUUGCUAAAAAAAAAAAGAAAGAAUUCUUGAGCGAGAAUGUAUAGGUUGGCUCAAAGGAUAAGAACGGCGGCAAAGGGCGAUUCUCAUGUCCCGAGAUUCCUUUUCUGUCCGUUGCCAUCGACGCACGAAUCGGAAGGGACUCUAUUGGAAUUGUUAGACCGUUCGGAUAAGCAUCCGGAUGCUAGUCGGCGCACGGAACAAAAUCGCAAAAGAGAACGAAAGGAAUCGAAAGCAGACGGUCGGCCCAGUUAAAAGGAGGAGAAACCAAGCGAAAAAGAAUGCUGUGUUUUUUCCUAUAAAAUUUAUUUUUGCCUUCAGGCUUCAACAUCGACACCAACGGCAUCCUGAAUAUCUCGAAGAAAAAAAAAACAAGAAGAACGAAGUAAUGAUUACCAAUGACAAGGAACGCCUCAGCAGAGAAGACAUCGAGCGAAUGAAGGUGAACGAAGCGGAAAGAUAUCACACCGAGAAACAAAGGGAAAGAGUCGCGGUUAAGAACAAACUCAAGUCACAUUACUUUAGCAUGAAAAGUACGGUGGAAGAAAGGGUCAAUGAGAAGAUAUCGGAAGCUGAUCGAAAGAGUAUUGUCAAGAAGUGUAACGAGAUUAUCAAGUGGAUAGACAAUAUUCCAGCGACGGAAGCGACGGAAAAGGAAUCGAGAAAGUACUCAUGUAUUUUUUUUCAAUUCUGCAUAUCUACUAUAAUGGUAUGGGCGAACGAAGAGCGGUUAAUGCAUUCGUAUUUUGUUAGAUCCUUCUCAAUUUUUAUUAAAAUAAAAUUAUUUCGAUAAAAAAAUAG